UACACGUUUGUAAACACGUGUGGGUGAUCGGGACCGUUGAACUUCUGGGCCACCCUCCGAAUAGGUUUUAGGCCGAAAUCGCAGCGAUUGGAGAAGCCAUGCCGUCCAUUUGUUGCUGGCUGCUCUGGUUUAAUUUCGACCGUUCUCUAACUGUUCCUUGUGUCAGCCAUUGAUGGGAUGGAUACCACAGUCCAAUCCUCCUGCUCUUGAGUAUAUGAGACUAUCCAAGUGGCGGCCCACCGUAUUAACGGUCCCCAUCACUGACUCCUGUAGCAAGGAUGGUGAGAGUCAGUGUCUUGAAUGAUGCUCUCAAGAGCAUGUACAAUGCUGAGAAACGGGGAAAGAGACAAGUCAUGAUUAGGCCUUCGUCGAAAGUGAUUAUUAAGUUCCUGCUGGUCAUGCAGAAGCAUGGUUACAUUGGAGAGUUUGAAUAUGUUGAUGAUCACCGAUCCGGUAAGAUAGUGGUGGAACUUAAUGGAAGACUGAACAAAUGUGGAGUUAUUAGUCCUCGUUUUGAUGUUGGUGUCAAAGAGAUCGAACCCUGGACUGCAAGGUUGCUGCCCUCCAGACAGUUCGGGUAUAUCGUGCUGACGACGUCUGCAGGCAUCAUGGAUCACGAGGAAGCCAGGAGAAAGAAUGUUGGUGGUAAAGUCCUCGGUUUCUUUUACUAGAUAGAGUUUCUCUGAGUUCCAGCGGGUUCCUUGCAUGGUGAAUUUUUGGGAUUCGGUAUAUGGGUUUUCUUCUAUUCUUGUUAUGUAGAUGAGUAGUUGCCUGUCAGAUGCCAUUUUGUUUCAACGUCCAUCUACUUAUCUGGGUCUGUGCUAAGGUGUCAAAGUUUUACUCUCAUGCGUGCAUGGGAGGAUGGUUUUGAUUGGUUUUUGAUCAAUCAGUUAGGCUGUUGUGCUGAAA